AUGCAAGCUUUAAAUAGUUCACGGAUUGCACCUUAUCCACUAGAUUCGACUCCGAACCAACGUGAGGCUGUGUCUUUUGCGAUCGAGAAUAGAACCACUUGGGCCUGCUUCAUCCUAGAUCGCAUGGUCAGCUCUGGGACAUACAACCCUCCUAUGCUCCCAUGGUCGGAGAUGGAAAAACUCAAAGUGUUUCGGCCUCUAAGUGCGGUCGAGUUUGCAUUUGGACCUGAUCUUGUUUCGCAAAUGAAUGGCACUGAAAACAAUCUUUCAACACCACAACGCGAGCAGACCGCUCUGUUCGACAUCACACAGUCCUUCGAAGUCCUCGUCUCUGGAUUUGAUAUCUGGGCACAAGUCAUGACUUUCAUCUAUAAUGAUGGACGUCGCGCGCCGGGAAUGUGCGCUCCACAGAAUUGUCCUUGGGCUUCUGAAUCACCCUGGUCAAAAACAAGACAUCACCUUCAAACAUGGCGGGCCAAUCAGCACCACAGGCUUUACUAUCCUGAUAAUAGUGUGCUGGCCCACACGACAUUAGGCUACGGGGAAUCUUUUACUUAUCUUAAUUUGCUUUAUUCAAUAUGGUACGUGCAGAACCUUUUCCUCGGCUCCUGCUUAGCGGACAUUAAUAAGGUGAACUUUAGUACAUUAAUGCUUCACCGUGAAUAUUUUCCAUUCAUGCCAACUGGACUGACGGCCCCCAGAGGACCAAUAGACCCUCCAACACUCGAAGGGGAGUCACCAGAAGGAUGGUGGGAAGCAAGUGCAUUUGAGUUGUUCGGAGCCGCAGAAAACAUUGCCUGCCUUCUGCACGAGGCUUCUGAAUGUGGUGCCGAGAUUAUAUCUCCCUUUGUGGGAUUCUGUGCAUUUUCAGCGGCAUACAUGAAUCUUUACGUUUUCAGGUUUCCACAAAUGAACCUGGGCCGUAGCCAGAAUGCAGAGCGCAACCUGACUUACUGCAUGGCUUAUCUUGAAACUUUUCGACAGGUGUGGACACUCGGAGAUAGUUGGCUCGCAACUAUCAAGAAUGCAUCGCUUUUGUACCAGCGAGCCACGUCCGAUAGGUCCCGAUACCAAGGGAAAUCACGGGCAGACUUCGACGUUCUGCAUCAGUCGAUCCACGAAUUUCGGGUUGUUGACCGAUCUGACCAACAUCUCCAGGAAAUAGAGGGCGCGGAGCGAGAGGCCGUUCCAGUUCCUACUCCCGCGACGAAUGCCGGUACGGAUUCGUUGGAUCUGGAUAUGCCGCUCAACAAUCUUCUCACUGAAGUCAGCACGUAUGCCCAUGAACAAGGAAUGUGGUCACACUGGUGGGGAUCGCUUGAUGACAUUAAUAUGUCUGUGUUCCAAGACCAAGAUAAUCCAGCAUAG